AUGGCGACGCCAACAGGCAAUAAUGCCAAUCUCACAGCGAAAAGACUGAAUGUCCUCGUAUACUCCGGUUCGCUCAAUCACUCCGUUUGGAAAUUGAGCCGCUUUCUGACCGACAAACCCAACACAGGAACCGGAACCACCGUCGACUCCGUCCGCCACUGCCUCUACACCCUACGUCGCCUCCUAGCCCCGAAUUAUGCCGUCACUCCAGUUACAAGCGAGAUGCUCCUCAAUGAGCCGUGGACCGCAUCCUGCGCUCUGUUGGUUAUCCCCGGCGGGGCGGAUCUGGGAUACGGCCGCACAUUGAACGGUGCGGGGAACAGGCGCAUUACGCAGUUCGUGCGCCUCGGUGGACGGUACUUGGGUUUCUGUGCUGGUGGAUACUACGGUACCAAGCGAUGUGAGUUCGAGGUUGGAGAUAAGACCAUGGAGGUUGUCGGGGAUCGUGAAUUGGGCUUCUUUCCGGGGACUUCUCGUGGGGGUGCGUUCCCAGGGUUUGUUUAUCAUAGUGAGGACGGGGCUCGAGCUGCGGAGAUUAAUGUUUCAAAGGAGGCUUUCAAUACCGGAACUGUCCCUACAUCGUUCCGAUCGUACUACAAUGGUGGCGGAGUGUUUGUGGAUGCGGCGCUAUACAAGGAUAAGGGUGUGGAGGUGCUCGCCCACUAUGCGGAGAAAGUGAAUGUGGACCCUGGUGAGGGUGGUGCAGCUGCUGUUGUCUACUGCAAAGUGGGCGAUGGAGCGGCUGUUUUGACAGGACCUCAUCCUGAAUUUGGGGCAGUCAAUCUUGAUCGCAAAGCUGGUGGCCCUAGAUUCGCGGAUGUCGUUGAUGCGAUUGCCGCCGAUGACAAGGAGCGGACGGACUUCUUGAAGGCGUGCUUGUUGAAGCUUGGAUUGCAAGUUGCGGAAGACAGCACGGCUAUUCCUUCGUUGUCGUCUCUGCAUAUCACUGGUCAAGAUCCCGAGAGCUCACUAGAGAUCUUGUCGCUAUUGGCACCUGAUCUGAAGGAGGAAAAUCGGAAUGAGUAUCUGAAGGAUGAAAACGAUACAUUCCGUAUCGAGCGCCCAGGGACAUGGAACUUGAGUGAAUUGGAAGAGGCCUUACCUGAAGGAGAAUCAAAAUCUACCGAGGGUAUUGUUGACUACCACGCGAUUACCAAGAGACUUGUCUUCCACGAUGAGCUCCCGUCGUCUAAACUAACCCCAUAUUUCAACCAUCAUGCUUUCUACUCCAACUUGAAGCAAUAUCAAUCAGAGUCCCGAGAGGGUGCGUCUGAAUUUGGGUCAAAUCUUAUGUAUGGUGAGGUUGUGACCAGUACCAACACUAUCCUAGAAAAGAAUACUCAACUGCUGCGCCGACUUCCAAAUGGAUUCACUGCCACCGCAACUGUCCAGGUUGCGGGACGUGGCCGAGGCUCCAAUGUUUGGAUUUCACCAGCUGGCUCUCUUAUCUUCUCAACCGUAGUGCGACACCCGGUCGAGAAGAUUCAAUCUGCACCAGUGAUAUUCAUCCAGUACCUAUCUGCCAUGGCUGUUGUGAAGGGCAUCAAGAGCUAUGCCAAGGGCUAUGAGAAGAUCCCCGUCAAACUAAAAUGGCCAAACGACAUCUAUGCACUGGACCCUGCAGACCCAGAACAAAAAAGAUACACUAAGAUCUGCGGUAUCCUUAUCAACUCGCAUUUCAUGUCAAAUGAAUACAUCUCUGUCGUUGGCAUUGGUGUCAACGCUACAAAUGCUUCUCCAACUACCGCACUGACAGCUCUCGCCGCCCGCUACGCCUCUCCCGGCGCAGCCGAAGUUUCGCCCGUCACACUGGAGAAGCUCCUGGCACGUAUCCUCACGACAUUUGAGGAUCUAUACACUCGUUUCCUGCGCACCGGAUUUGACCGCACAUUUGAAGAGAUGUAUUAUGAAGACUGGCUCCACAUGCAUCAGAUCGUGACUCUAGAAGUAGAAGGCGGCGCUCGCGCACGUAUUCAGGGCAUCACGCGCGACCAUGGAUUAUUGCUUGCGGAAGAGUUGGGCUGGGGUGAUCGACCCACUGGACGUGUCUGGCAGUUGCAGAGUGAUAGUAACAGCUUUGACUUUUUCAAGGGCUUGGUUAGGCGGAAGAUCUAG